CCAGGGCCUGGAACCUCCAGAAAUGUCUGAGGGACAUUUUGAGUUCCAACACACAUCAGCUUUAUAUCCUAAGCAUGAUGUUAUAUGGUAUGGAAUAUCCCUUUGAUCAGUUGGUGUCAGAUGUCCCACUUGUGUUCCCUCCCAGUUUAACUGUAUCCCAGCCAAAACCAGUGCAGUGACACAGAUGGCACUUGUGAGAUUAAGGCUGAAAGAAAAGGUUCUGUCAUAAACACAUCUGAGAAAAAUUGCAUUGUCUGAUCAUUACAACUUCUCAAAUCAUAAUCAUGACAACUUACUUAAACUACAUGAGAAAAUGUGUACCUUAUAAAACUGAGUUAGAGCUCUUUAUUUUUCCGCAAAAGAAAUCAGAAGUGAUAUUGGCCAGAGGUUGCUAUUGCCAACACAACUGGUGACUAGUCAAAAGUCUUAUGAAUCCUGUGGUUUAGAUGUUGCAUUACUGAAUGACACAUUUAUCCAGAGUUGAUAUAAAUCUUAAUAUAAAAGUGGGGGGCCAGAUAAGACUGUGGCAUAGUUGUGAGUGUGGCUAUUUUACUAUAUGCAGAAAGAACUAAGUUGAUCCUAGGAACAAUAUAUAUUAGUAUAGAUGAAGUGGUACAACCCCCCCUAAUGUGAAUUCCUCACUAGUGGUAUGACUUCAUAUCAGGAUAAAAUACUAACCUUUGUAAAUGACUUCUAUGGUGCUGUUCCUUGGAAAAUAUUGAAGAGUGUAAUAUUAUGCAAGUGGCAGAUCAUGUAUCACCUAUUAAGGGCUAAUUCUCAGUUUUAUUUAAUGAAACCUUUUUCACUGUGUCCUUCAGGACCUUAGCUCUAGCAGAGCUCAACAUAUUUUCUAACAUUUCUAUAUUAUUUUACUAUUCUAUUGUAAAUGAAUGCUGAUUAUUAAAUUACUGUUUAAAUUAUUCAUUGCUGUCUGCCACAGGGAAAUACAGGCAGGAAUGAUCAGAAUUUGCAAUGCUGAGCUGUGUGCAGUGUGUGUGUUUUCCAAAAGCUUGGUAACUUGUAUCUUACUAGUGUUAGAAUAGAUAAUUCACUGUUUGAAUCCCUUGACAUACUUUACUGGCAACUUAAUGUGUAAACUUCCUAUUUCUCCCUCACAUUUUCAGUUGUAAGGUGGCACUGGACGGGUUCAUAUUCUAUUUGUUUUAAUUUAGUUUGGUUCUAAUCAACAAAACAUAAAGGGAGGAAAAAUAUCUAGUUUUUUAGGCCCUUGGAUGUAUUGCAGAAAAUUGUAUAUUUUGCAUCAUCUAUCAGUUCAUGACAGUUUGUCACACUGUUCCACUGAAUUUGAUGAAUUUUCUUCAGGAUGUAACAUGCUGCACAGUGUGAUGUUGAACAGUGUGCACAUGACGUGUGUGUGUAAACUAAAAUAACUGUGUCACAUGCCAUUUUGUUCACAUUAUUUUUCUUUUUUUUUUUUUUUUACAUAGGAAAAGAAAUCUAAUAUAUAUAUCGAGGGGAAAAAAAGAUGGAUUCACAAGAUUGUGUCCCAACAAAUUCAAAGCAAGAUAUGAGCCAUCACAUAAAGGGUAACUCUGGUAAGCAUUAUCUUUGUGGCUAUUGUGCAGCCUUCACCAAUAUAGUAGUCACCUUUCCCAUCCAGAAGGUCCUCUUUCGACAACAGUUGUAUGGCUUGAAAACAAAGGAUGCAGUACAUCAGCUGCAGAAAGAUGGAAUUCGAAAUCUCUAUCGUGGAAUCCUUCCUCCAUUAAUGCAAAAAACAACUACCCUGGCUCUAAUGUUUGGCUUGUAUGAAGAUUUCUCCUCCUUGCUCCAUAGUCACACAAAUGCACCUGAACUUCUAACUUGCAGCAUGGCAGCAGUGCUUGCAGGGACUACAGAAGCCCUUCUUACACCUUUUGAACGAGUCCAGACUUUGCUUCAAGACUACAAACAUCAUGACAAAUUUACAAACACUUACCAGGCUUUCAAGGUACUAAAAGUCUAUGGGAUUAGAGAAUAUUAUCGGGGUUUGGUGCCUAUUCUGCUCCGGAAUGGAAGCAGUAAUAUGCUCUUCUUUGGCCUACGAGGACCUAUCAAACAAUAUCUGCCUGAAGCAACUUCUUAUAGCACUCACUUGUUCAAUGACUUUAUCUGUGGCGGGCUGUUGGGUGCCAUGCUGGGAUCCUUAUUUUUCCCAAUGAAUGUUGUAAAAACUCGCAUGCAGUCUCAAAUUGGUGGUGAAUUUCAGUCUUUUUCAAAAGUUUUUGUGACAAUAUGGCUAGAACGUGAUAAAAAAUUGAUGCAUCUUUUCAGAGGAGUCCAUCUGAAUUACCAUCGUUCUGUCCUGUCCUGGGGUAUAAUCAAUGCAACAUAUGAAUUCUUGCUAAAGCUAUUAUAAGAAAUGUUACCUUCCUUUGAAAUACCUCUAUUCACUUGGAUAUUUGUACAUUUUAGGUCACUUUGUCUCUGGAAAUAGGUUAAUUUAUGGAAAUUUUUGUGAAUAACAUGGAGCACCAUGAAACUUGGAGAGAAUUCAAAGCAGCCAUUACAUUUCAGUAGGGAGAUGGAUGAUACUGUUAGUGGCUGCUUAGUGUGGAAGGUAAUUAGUCUUAUGAACAACCUUGAGUAUUUAUGGGGUAAAUGGCAAUAUGUAUAAAUCUUGAUGCAGCUCGAUAUACCUCUAACAAGUUAAAAUAUUUAUAUGCUGGUGGAUAAAUUUACCCAUAGUGGAAUAACUAGACAAAUACAAAGUAAAAAAAAAAAAAUUGUAUAUUGGUCUAGUAGCUUAUUCUAUUAUUUCCAAUAUUUCCCAAUACUCACAAUAAUCAAAUUUUAUGCUGCACAUUGUAUAAUUUGAAAAUAAAGAAGGAGACAAUUAAAGCUAAUUCUUUUGUUUGAAACACUACAGAGGGGUAAAAACUGAGCUUCCAAAUGUCUUGGGGCUAUAAAUUAUCUUUGGAGUUUAAACAGAAGCUGCCAGUUUUUAAUUAGGAUGACUUUCUUUCUGAACCUCAAGUUUUGAACUGAGCCUACACAAACUAUUUUGUCAACCAUUUUACCACUCAGCUUAAAGAUGAGGAUCAUCUCAUUCAUCAAUAGCUACUUAAUAUUAAACUUCAGUGUAAACUGACCAAGUGCAAAGUGAGAUUGUGCCUAUGUAUGAGUGUGCCUUGAAAUGGAAAGGUGGAAGGAGCAAGACAGCAAUUUUAUCCCGAGCUUUAAAAGUGUUUCUUGUUGAAAAACCUAUUUGCAAAUUUGGUAUACUCAAGUUUUCUGCUUUUGUACUGCUUUGUUUCUGUUGCAAACAAAAAACUGAUCUCACUCUAAUGUUCAAACAGUAAUAUAUCUUCCUUUGAUUAGCAAAUAAUUUGAUUUACAGCUUUUUUUUUUCUUGUGCAAACUAUUUUUGUUUAAUUUGCACUGUGACAGAAUUUUAUAUCAGCACUGACAAAGUGAGAUUUCUGGGUAUAAGCAUUUAAGGCCUUAAAGGGAAAGCAAGCAUAACUACCAAACAGGUGACUGUCUUAAUUCUUAUUUAUUUUUUCUUUAUUUGGGGGUGUGUUAUUCAUGAAAAGUUUUUUAAGUAUUCUUUGUUUUGGAUUUGGGGGCAGGAAAACUUUCAGAAACUAUUUUUAAUUGUUCUUUUCCUAUGUUUUAGGCCCUGUAUAACUAUCAGUGGUAAUACAAUAAAACAAUAAAAGGAGUUGUGUGGCUAAUAAA